CCAAUGAAGGACGUUCGUUGGACCAAUUUGGACAACGUACAAAUAACCGUUCAACGAAUGUCCAUCGUUGGACCCGUGUUGAACGAUUUUGAAACAAUUUUUUGGACGUCUCAAUGGGUGGUUUACAGAAAUCUAGCAGAGCGGUUUCUGCCAGAAAAUUUACUCACUGGGCCAUUUUCGAUACUUCGCAAGUCUGUGUGUAAAGCGUGUAUUUAUGGGUCUAAAUAAAAUAACCGGUACGCUGUCAAGCGCGAUUUACUAACGGAGAAAAACAAACAGGUUCUUCAGGAAAGAAUAAUUAUUAAUACAUUUUGUAUAAACGGAAAUCGGAGAUCACUUAUUGGAAUGGCUGCGUUGGACACUUUCCCGGAUCUUCCUCGUCCUGGAGAAAUAUCGGUUUGCGAGCGCAAUGGCCGCAUUUGUUCGUUACCAGCGAACGAAGUGAAUUCAUCUAGUUCUUAUAAUUUACUAUCUUAUCCGGAAAUUAAUAUUGGACGAGAACUUUUCCAUCAUGCCGCAACUCAUAUUCGUGAAGAUCGGCGAACUAUAAUGGUACCGGUCAAUGAAACACUGCUAAAGCGGAUCACUCGCACAUUUUUUGAGGAAGGACCCGUAGAGGCAUUGAAUGAAGCAGCCAACUGUGUUAACGAGCAAUAUAAUCCGCUGAUCGGCUCUUUAGCUCGGUACAUGCUGGUUUUAGUGAACAUUGGAAAUCGCAUAAAAUUUUUUCUUAAACCUCAUCUUAAAGAACAAGGUAUUGAUUCGGUCGGGAAAUUUACUCAGACCAAGGAAUGGUCCAAAAGUGCUAUACGAUGCAUAUGCUGGCAUCCGAACUGCUUCAAGAUAGCAAUAGCUGCAUCAGACGAUAGCAUUAGGGUCUACAGCGACGAACCAAGCAUUGUACCAAUUUUGAAGAGCGGUUUACAAAAAUCUGUCAGCUCACUUGCCUGGCGUCCUUUUACCUCUGGAGAGCUUGCUGUUGGUUGCCAAAGCGGUACCCUAGUGUGGAACAUUGACCCAAACAGUCUAAUUACAAGACCACUUUCACAAGCUGUGCAGCUAAGAUAUGAAAAUCAUUUCCCAGUGACGUCUAUUGAAUGGAGCCCCAAUGGUUGUUUAUUAGCAACGGCUAGUAUCAAUGAUCCAGAUAUACUUAUCUGGGAUGUGGACCAAAAUAGACAGGUACCGUUGCGUCGUGUAGGUCCACCAUGUGCUCUAUUAAAAUGGUCCCCUACUGGAUCUCGUCUAUGCUCUACGACAGUCGGCAAUGUGUUUCGCGUUUGGCAAACUAAUAAGUGGAUCCCGGAUCGUUGGACGAUAAACAACGGUACCAUUCAGUCAAUCGUGUGGUCAAGCUCUGGGUCGCAUCUGCUUUUUGUAACUACCGAAGAAUGCUUUUUAUACUGUUUGGGUUUUGUUGAGGACGAAGUAUUUACCUCAACACUGGUGCCGAAAUCAGCACUACCCGUUGCUGACCUCUCAAAGAUUAUUAUAGAUCAAGUGGAAGUGGGAGGUCGUCCCCAGGCGCUGGCUUGGUGCCCACAGAGUCAGUACUUGGCGAUCACAUUCAAAGAUACUUCGGCGAUUGCAAUCUUCAAUACUGCCAUUAACCGUACGGAAUUAAACAUAACACCGUCAUGUUUUCUCACUGGUAUUGGGAUUGAAAGCGCUUCAUGUAUUUGUUUUCAACAAAACCUCGGAAGACGUUCCAGCGAAAAAAAGAAAACUGUUUUGACUAUUGGCUGGUCUAGCGGCAGAAUACAAUAUUUUCCCUUUGUCUAGUAGCUUUCUUUCACAAGAAAUGUAUUAUUUCAUGUUUGAUUUUUUUUUCUUGUAAUAAAAUAUGUAUCUUAUCACAAAUAUGCAGCUGGG